AUGGAUAAGACUUGGAUCAAGCUCAAUAAUUUUACUUCAGAAGAAUAUGUUAAUGGAGUUAAAAAUUUCAUGAGAUUUGCUGUACAGCAUAUUGGGGAGAGAAAUGAUAUGCCUUGUCCAUGUGGAGAUUGUUUAAAUCAGAGUUUGCACCCACCUUACUUGGUUAAAUUGCAUUUACUCACUAAUGGGAUAGAUAUUUUUUAUAAUGAAUGGGUGCAUCAUGGUGAAAAGUCUAAUAAAUAUGUGGAAGAUAAGAAUGUUCAUGAUAAUGUAGAUGAGACAUUUGAAGAGGAAGAGAUGUUGGAGGAUUUGAAUUUUGGGAUGCAGAAUUUUGAUGAUGAUUAUGAAGGUCCAUUCGACCAUUGUGAUGAUACUCAUGCUGGUCAACCAAAUCUCGUAUCUGAUGAUGAAGUGGGAAAUUUUCAUAAAUUGCUGAAAGAUACACGACGUAAGUUAUAUCCUGGUUGCUCCAAAUCAUUGUUAUCUUUCCUUGUCAAACUACUUCACAUAAAGGUUUUGAACCGAAUGACUAAUAAAUGUUAUGACAUGAUUAUUGAUUUAUUCAAACAAUAUCUGCCUGAUGGUCAUAUUAUUCCUUCAUCGUUUUAUGAAUCUAGAAAGGUAUUAAAAGAUAUUGGGUUGGGUUACGAGUUUAUCCAUGCAUGUAAAAAUGAUUGCAUUCUCUUUUGGAAAGAACACGAGACCUUAAUUAACUGUCCAAUAUGCAAAGAAUCUAGAUGGAAAGUAAAUGAUGGAAAAGGAAAACAAAUUCCUCAUAAAGUUUUGCGCUAUUUUCCUCUAAAGCCAAAACUGCAAAGACUUUAUCUAUCGAGAAAGACAGCGUCUGAUAUGCGAUGGUAUAAAGAUGGAAAAAUUGACGAAGAAGGUACAAUGAUCCAUCCAUCAGAUUCUGAAGCUUGGAAAGAUCUCGAUAAAAAAUAUCCAUGGUUUGCUCAAGAUCCAAGAAACGUCCGCCUUGGACUAGCCACUGAUGGGUUUAAUCCUUUCGGUAACAUGAAUAACUCCUAUAGUAUAUGGCCGGUGAUUUUGGUGCCAUAUAACUUACCCCCUUGGUUAUGCAUGAAAGAACCUUAUUUUAUUAUGUCCCUAUUAAUUCCGGGUCCUAGGUCACCUGGAAGAGAUAUUGAUGUAUAUUUGAGACCUUUGGUAGAUGAUCUCAAGGAGUUAUGGGAAUCUGGAGUAAGAACGAGAGAUGCUAAAACUGGAGAGUUUUUUGUUUUACAUGCUGCAAUUUUGUGGACAAUUCAUGAUUUUCCUGCGUAUGGUGAUAUUUCUGGACAUCGAACAAAGGGAUAUUGUGCUUGUCCAAGAUGUAGUUCCGAAACUCCUUCACAAAGGCUAAGGAGCAAGAUUGGUUAUAUCGGCCACAGGCGUUACUUGCCACGCAAUCAUCCAUAUCGUAGAAGUCUCAAAUUUAAUGGUCGGACAGAACACCGAUCAAAACCGAUGGAGCUUUCUAAUGCUGAAAUUCUUAUACAGCUAGAAAAUGUAGAAAAUGUUGUGCUUGGCAAGCAGCCCAUGGAUAAAAAACGAAAGCGUCCUUCGCAUGACUUAUGUUGGACAAAAAAAAGUAUAUUAUUUGAGUUGCCAUAUUGGUCUAAACUAAAAUUACGGCACAAUCUUGAUGUAAUGCACAUUGAGAAGAAUAUAUGUGAUAAUGUGAUGGGAACUAUAUUAGAUAUUGAUGGUAAAACAAAGGAUACUGAAAAGUCUCGUUUAGAUUUAGAGGAUAUAGGUGUAAGAAGUGAGUUACACUUGAAGCCAAUAGAAGGUGCCAAAGCAAAUAAAGAAGGUAAGCUGAAGUGUUUAAAGCCGCGUGCACUUUAUACCCUAUCCCGAAAGGAGAAAAAAGAUUUUUGUGAGUUCUUGAAAGGAGUAAAAUUCCCGGAUGGGUACGCCGCAAAUAUAUCCAGAUGUGUGAAUAUCAAAGAUGGUAAGAUAACAGGGCUGAAAAGUCAUGAUUGUCAUGUUCUAUUACAACGUUUGCUUCCUGUAGGGUUGCGUGGUUACUUACAUAAAGAUGUUCUUAAUGCUAUUACCGAGUUGGCAAGUUUUUUCAGACAGUUAUGUUCUAGAAAAUUGAGUUUGGAUGUCCUUGAAAAUUUGGAGAAAAUGAUUCCUGUGAUAUUAAGCAAGUUAGAAAUGAUAUUUCCACCUGCUUUCUUUGAUGUGAUGGUCCAUCUAGCAAUUCAUUUGGCACAAGAAGCAAAGAUUGGUGGACCUGUUCACUAUAGAUGGAUGUACCCUAUCGAAAGGUAUCUUGGUAGUCUGAAAGGGAUGGUUCGAAAUAGAGCUCGUCCCGAAGGCUCAAUCGCAGAGGCUUAUAUCGUGAAAGAGUGUUUGAGUUUUUGUUCAUUGUAUCUCCAUGAAAUUGAGACGAAAUACAAUAGAGAGCAAAGAAAUUAUGAUGGUGAGGAACAUCCAGAUGCAACAAUCUCUGUUUUUCGAAGUAAAAUUCGAACUUUUGGAGAAACAGAUUUUGUACAGUUGACUCCUCAACAAUAUAGUUCAUUGCAUUGGUUUGUCUUGAAUAAUUGCGUGGAGUUAGAUUCAUAUUUGAGGAAGCAUGAAGAAGAACUUAAACAAGAAAAUCCUAUUGGUUGGGAGACUAGACAAAAGAAAGAGUUUGCUUCAUGGUUUGAUAGUCGAAUGAAAACGUUGAGCAGCAUAAAAUCCCCAGAAGCUACCAAUGAACUUCUUGCACUUGCUUCUGGGCCUGAUUAUCGUAUUAGUAAAUGUAGUGGGUGCAUCGUAGAAGGUGUCAAGUAUCUAUCAAGCAAAAGAGAUUCUAGACGGGUGACACAAAAUAGUGGAGUUUGUACACAUUCUGUUCACAAAGGUAAAAUGAUCAAAUUUUAUGGUGUCUUAGAAGAUGUGAUUGAGUUGAGCUAUACCCACGGUUACCGAUGCGUACUAUUCAGUUGCAAAUGGUUUAAUUUGGAUCGGAACAAAUUAGUAAAGAUAGAUAGUGAUCUUACAAGCUUAAAUGUGGGUGAGUUGUGGUAUGAAAGUGAACCUUAUAUUUUAGCAAAUCAAGUAUCCCAAGUGUUCUAUGUCAGUGAUACAAAAUUAGGUGGAAAUUGGAAAGUAGUUCAACAUGUACAACAUCGACAUCUUUUCGACCCAUCAUUCAUUCGAUCUAUCGAUGGAAAUGAACCUGAUACAAAUGACGCGUAUCAACAAGAAAGUUGUGCUCAUAUUAACAUUCAAGAUAGUGAUCAAGAGAUUGGAUUGAUACACCGUAAUAAUGAAGCUCCUUUGGAGAUCGAAAUUCCAGAAAAGAUAAUUUAUCCACGUGAUAAAGAUGAAGGAGAAGAUGAUGAUGGAGAAGAUGACACUCUAGAUGAGUAUUGGAGCAGCGACGAUGAAGUUGCAUCUCAUGCUGACAUAGAUAGCGACUUGGAAUAG